AUGAGAAUCCAGCCGAUCGACAGUUUGUCGAGCAACGUCGUCAAGUCGUCGGUGCUUAAGUUACGGCUUAAGCGGUUUUUUGACCGACCGUUCAACGGCGUCCUCCGGAUUUCAUCCGUUGAGAAGCUGGUCGCCAGAGGAGAUAAAGAUGGCGGUGGCGCUGCCAAAUUCGAGCCGAGCUCAGUAUGUUUGGAUAAAAUGGUUCAGAAUUUCAUGGAGGACAACAACGAGAAAACCUCCCUCCCUCCACUGCCGCUAGGGAUGGCAAUCGGCUCCGAUGACAAGCUCGAUUUCUUCUCCGAUUCGAUUUCCGCUAAUUCUUCCUUCGACGACCCCUUCGAUACUCUCAGGAAUUUGAUACCGUGCGCGACUGUGUCUGAGAGAAAUCUAUUGGCACACACUUUGAAAAUCGUCGAAAAAAACAACAGAACUUACAAAAGAAAAAGACGAUUGAAGGGAAAUAGCCACCGGUGGUCUAACAGUGGCGCAUAG